UCGUGUGGCCUUGUCUAAAAGUCGCGUUACCCCUCCCACUCCUCCACAAGGUUGUCCCAGGAGGUCGGGAGGGCCAGGACCCCAGGGAGCAACAGCCACACACCUGGGACUUCUUUUCACGGAAGGCCUCACUAGAGCCAGUGGGGCUUAGCGCAAGUUGCUGCAUGGAGGGUGGGAAUUUCAGGCCUCUGCCAGGGUCGAGGCAAUCCUGCUGGUCCACGAGAUGAGGUGCUCGUGCUGACCAACCAUAAGCGUUAGAAUUCUGCAGUCCCAGCGGUCAGUUGAGCGCCGCCCUUGAACAGGUCUGAAGACACCAGGCUCUCUCUUGAGCUGGGCCUGUUCAAGGACUGCAGGCAAGUCAGAGCCUCGAGAAAUUGAGAACUACUGCUAACCAUGGCAGUGCCUGGCCAGCCCAAAGCACAGUCCAAGGAGGGCACACGAAAGGGGUUUAAACGCUACAAGUGGGAAUUCAAAGACAGCAAUAAAGAGUUCUGGCUCGGGGGACACGCCGUGGUCAAGAUCGUGAGUGUGGCCUGCCUGGUUGCUGGACUACACUUCUUUGAAAAAGUGGCCACAAACCCCAUCCUGAUCCUGGUCCUCACUAUGGAAAUAUCCAUCUUCGCUUUCUUCAUGUUCCUUUACACCUUCGCCAUCAACAGAUACAUGCCCUUCAUCUUCUGGCCUGUCGCUGAAAUCUUCAACAACCUCUUCUCCUGCGUGUUCCUCGGAGGUGGCAUUGCUUUUUCUUUGAAGACUAAACGAGUGUUCCAAGAGCCCUAUAUAACUGCUAUGGCUCUUAUGGCAAUUGCCGCAUUUUUUGCUUUUAUCGACAUAUGUCUUCAAUUUAAAUACUUCAGAAGCAAUAAGUGACCAACUGACCUCUGGAGACGACUAUCAUAGAGGAGAGUAGGCAAAGCAAAGAGAGAGGGAGAAGAAGGAGAGGGAUGAAAUGGAGGACAAACAGGACCAGAAGAUGUGACUGGAGGGAGACACCCGCGGUCAGGAAUGGCAGCCAGCUUUCCACACCCUCCCCUUCUCGGCUUUCUAGCCUACUUUUCUUUUCCAUCAAUAAACACCUCUUGGAAAG